UUGAAUUUUUAAUGGUUCGCUUUGCUUUGUUUUGCCGUUUUAUUUUCUUGAUAUUUUUGGUAUUGUUUUUCAUUUUAGUAGGCAAUUCCAAACCAAAAGCAUUUUUGACCAACACAUUGAAUUAGAUGAAGUAAAAAACGGGCAAUAAUGUCGAACGACACAUCCUCGAAGGCGAAUAGGUUAUGCGGCUUGUGUAAUGAAAAUCCAAGCAAGUAUUGCUGUCCGCGCUGUGAAGUAUUCUACUGUUCUCUAAACUGCUACAAAUCAGAGAAGCAUUCAGAAUGCUCUGAGAAUUUCUACAGAGAGUGUGUCAAUGAAGAAUUGGCAUCAUAUCAAGUUGAUGAUGAGUCGAAAAACAAAAUGAUUGAUAUUCUUAAAAAAAUGCACAAAGAAAAUAUUGAGGAUGAAAAACUUUUAGAAGACUCAGAAAAUGUACCAGAGAACAUAGAAGAAAUAGAUUCAGAUGAUGGCUCAGACAUAGAUUUACACACAAGAAUCAAAGAUCUAGAUUUAGACGACCCUAAUGCUCUAUGGAAUGCACUAACAGAGGAUGAGAGAAAUGAAUUUGAGGCUAUGCUUAGUGGAGGUGAUGUGGGUACUAUUAUACCUCAAUGGGAACCAUGGUGGUGUUAUAGAAAAGAAAAGAAGAUUCUAGAAGAAAUAAAAGAAGGCAAUGAGGAAAAUGAACACUUGAAGCUAUGUCCUGAUAUUAAAACUGUGCCAAAGUUUAGUUCCUUAACUAGUAUGAAACCAUCAGAAGCAAUAAGAUAUAACAUGGCUAACGUGUUAGCGUCAUAUGCAUUCAUUGCCAGAUACUUUAAUGGAGAAAUUGAACCAUUGGAAGCAGCUUCAUACUUGCUAGAUAUUUCUACUAAUUUGAGCUCCAAUGCCAAUUUUGAUGAUGCUGAUUUGGCUGUGGAGUCUGUCGUUCAAAGGUGUCUUCAAAGUGAAUACAUACAAACAGAUACAGCUAGUUUAGAUGUAAUGAAGAACGACGUAUACCUCAUACUGCAAGGACCUUCAGACGAUAACAACCUUCAUUACAGCAAAGCAGCUUUUUCGCAAUUCAUACAAAUAUUUUCAGAAACAAAAUCAAAGUGUAACAAGUCGAAAACUAAAACAGAUAAAAAGAAAGGGGAUUUUUCUAAGAAAUUCCCAGAACAUACCAAGGGACAUUUGCCUGAAUUAGAUGUAAGCAAAAUAAGGAAAGUCAUCAAAAAAUUAGAAUACUAUUUAUCGUUUUUAAAUAGCUGUGAUAAUAAAGAUAAUUAAUUUUAAUUUU